UUAGACAUACUGAUAUAAACUAGGUUUUGCGUCCCCCCUUGGCUAAGGAUUUGGCUGAUCCUAGAUCGGUUCUUACAUCCCUCGGGCAACUUAUACCUGGAGCUGAAACUAAAAAACAAGUCAAUUGGUUGUAGCCUACUUCCGUGUUUUAUUUUAAACGAAAUAGCUCCAUACACACAAGAAAAAGAAGAAACACAACCAUGACUUUCCUUCGAAGGUUUGCGAUUAGGCACUGCUCUCUAUCCCGCGGCUUCGGUGCUCUAUCCCCGGCGUCUCUUGGAGCUCCAGGCUCGGUAACGUUACACCGUCUGGGAGUGGAAAAGCUGCCCAGCCGAGGACGCCCUUUCACGGGGCACAAUGACACACACACAAGCUGGCUACACACCGAGACGCCAGAGUCCGUAGAAGUGGAUCUAAAGCGACUAUAUGGAGAGGACACUGGUAGGGAAGGACGCUCUUUGAAUAUUUUUGCUUUCCGCUACCAGGAAACCGAGUUGAACGGUAGUUUACCAUUUUUGAGUAUAGCUGAGGUGUUGAUGUGCCGUCAGAAGGCAAAGAACGCUCUGGGCCGUGUGUUUGUCUCUCAGAUGAGGGAGCUGGUGUCCUCUCUACACCAUGACACAGCUGUGAGAGUGGUGGUCUUCAGGAGUCUAGUACAAGGGGUCUUCUGUGCAGGAGCUGAUCUGAAGGAGAGAGCUGAGAUGAACCACUCUGACUCCGAUCUGUUUGUUCACGGCCUGCGCUCACUCAUGACUGAGAUUGCCUUGUUGCCCAUGCCGACGGUUGCUGCGGUGGAUGGCUUCGCCCUUGGAGGGGGUCUGGAGCUGGCGCUCGCCUGUGACCUUCGAACAGCUGCCAACUCUGCACAGAUGGGUCUGAUUGAGACAACACGGGGGCUGCUCCCAGGGGCGGGGGGCAGUCAGAGGCUGCCCAGAGCGGUGGGCUUUGCCCUGGCCAAAGAGCUGAUCUUCACCGGCAGGAGAGUGGAUGGACAGAGGGCUGUGGACAUGGGGCUGGUCAACAGAGCUACCGAGCAGAAUUCAGACGGAGACGCUGCCUAUAGAGAGGCACUGAGUCUGGCUAGAGAGAUACUACCACAGGCUCCCAUUGCUGUGAGGAUGGCUAAGGAGGCUAUGAACAGAGGCAUGGAGGUGGACAUCACAUCAGGGAUGGCCAUAGAGAGGAUGUGUUACGCCAGGGUGAUCCCAACAAGAGACAGACAAGAGGGGAUGGCUGCCUUUAUAGAGAAGAGACCCCCACGCUACACUGGAGAGUAACACACAUGGAGACUGCUAUUGUGAUUGUACACAUACCUAAUUUUCAUUCCUUUAAUAAAGUGCUUUUCAACUGCA